AUGCCACUCAUGAAAUACAUAUUGUUGACGCUGCUAAUCGCUGCCUUUGUUACAAAUGCCGUGUUGAUUAACGUAACUGUAGACGAUGCAGGCACCGACCGGCUCACAGGACUUGGAUUCUCUUACUCGCCACUAUCCGACUGGAAUUUUGGACCAAACUGCACCGAAUGCGUGGCACAGCUCAACCGGUCACAGCUUCAUAUGGGCAGCUGGCAUGAUGCCACGUACGACGGGUCCAACGGGCCACGAACAGAACUCCAGAGCGCAACUCUUGGUUUUAAUGGUUCAGCGAUAUACGUGUACGGAGUGAUAGUGACAUCGCCAUUGAUACCAUUUGGAGAUACAAGCUCGACCCACCUCGGAUUCUUCAUCGAUGACCAGCUCGUGGGAACAUUCAACAACACGCCGGCUGGAAAUGGAUCGAACCCUGCGGCAUUCAAGUAUAAUGUUACUCUGUAUUCGAAUCGUUCACUUCCACACGGUCCGCAUACCUUUGUGUUACAGAAUGGUCUUGACGGCGGGCCUGCGUCGAUUGUCCUUUUUGACUAUCUUGUAUAUUCAACAGGACGCUACGGUGACUACGUCGGCGGCGGCGGCAUCUCUAUCAAUGACAUCCCCUACUAUCCCUCCUCCGACUUCAACGGAACGUCCAGCAUCAAGUUCGAGCGCACUACUCUGUUGUGGCGGCGCCGUCGUCGCCGUCGCAACUGGUUCCGCGCUUCUCGUACUCCUGAGGUCGACCUGCUUUCACAGCCUCUAUCAGCAGCCAAUCUGCGCGCACACGACAGCCGCGGUUCUGUCGUUGUAGGUGCGCGUUCUCGCAGCGGGACGACAUCUUCGCCUGAGACGCAUUCACCUCUGCUGCACUUGGCGCGGCCUGGUAAUCCCUCGUCGACCUCUUUCAUAACCUCCUCGUUCUUGCCUAAUGCCUCCUCGGGCGGAUAUCUACCAGACAAGCUGCACAUGCAGGCAUUCCCUUCCAACCAAUCGUCACAUCUCACCCGUAACCCUUCGUUUACCGCGCAGUCAGAUAUUGCACAGACAGAGUAUGCCGAAUCGCUGCCACCGCCGUAUUCUAGAGGGGUCGACGAGAAUAUAUAAGUGCGCUGAAAAUUAUCAUGUGUUGUUUGAAGGAUGUACUUGGUACUCUGCACUCAGCUUCGAUUUUUAUUUAUACGCCCGAUGUACAGUUCUGUAGAAGCGAUGCCCAAAUCUUUUCCGGGUAUAAUAUAUCAUGUAGACGUAUACACAUAUAAAUCAAACU